GUCAUUUAUUGUAACACUUUUGUGUAGUAAAAGUUAAUCUCACAACACUUAUAAUUGGUUUAACAAUAUUUAAUUUGAUCAAAAUUAGAUUCUUCUAUGUAUAUUUCCUUUUAGUAUAUAAAGAGAAGUAAUUUGUUUUUUUCUAAAACACAAAAAAAUAAAACGAAACUAGAGAACAUGCGUUCACUAUAAAAGAAGAAGUAUAAAAGUAUAAAUGAUCAGGGCAUAUUGGAACAUUGACACAUUGAACAGGCGAAGAAUGUGUAACGCAUACUUUAAUUAAAAAUAAAUUCACUUUUAUAAUAAAAAUAUAUAUUAUGCAUAAACAUUUUAUACACUAUUUAUCAAUGUUUACCUUUCUACAAAUGUUUAUUAUAAUUAUACUUAGUUUAUUAUCAUUUCUACCAAAUUAUACAAUAUCUCAUCAGCAUUCAUCCAUAUUGACAAAAAAUAAAACAGCAUUACACUUAGAUGAGGCGAAGGGAAAAAAACAAAUUGGCGCAUUACAUGAAAUUAUGUUGAAUGAUCAAAAUAUCACUACUGGUCAUUGGUUUAAUAAAGGCAUGGCAUAUAAAAAAUGUGUUCAAUCAUUACAACAUGAUAAAGGCUAUUUUGAAAAACAGCUAAAAGAUUGUGAAAAAUAUUCUGGUCGAAUGUCAAUGGAUAAAAUUGAUUUGAUUAAACCUGAUUAUGAAGCAUUAGUGAAGAAAGUUGUCUGUGUAAUUCAGAAAAUUAAUUGUCCAGUGAAUGAAAGAUCAUUUCAGAUUCAUGAUAUCCCCUGUCAGUCAUCGUGUCUAUCUCUCCUGUCUGUUUGCGGACAACUACGUAAUUAUCCUCCUCCAAAUUUUAAAAAUAUUCCAUCCGGUUGUCCAAUGAGAAUGGGAAGUGCAGGUCCAAGAUCACAGAAACGAUGGUUGCAGGAAGGUGAUCAAUAUUCCAGGACGCCACCAUUGUCCUAUCCUUCUGAAACAUACAACACAUUUAGUAAUUUACCAAAUCCAAGAAGAUAUGUCAGAUAUCCUGGUUAUCCAGCGUACUUGUCUUCUAGAUCACCGUCAGUAGAUAAUCACUACAAAUAUCAGAAACAAUAUAAUGCUCAAUCAGAAAUGAUCCCGAAUACUUACCCAUGGAUUUAUCGACGUCAUCGAAGAGAAAUGACCAGUAGUUCUGAUGAAUAUCAAGUUGAUAAUUCAAAGACACCUGUCGGCCACCCAGAUCAAUAUAUUUCGAUGAAAACACAGUUGCAUUUCUCGCCAAGUUAUCAUAAUCAAAGAAGUUUACCACUUACUGAAGAGGAUUGUUUAUUUCUACCACCGGGUGGCUGUGAUAAAUGGAUUGACCAGUCAACUAAUAUACAACGAUUAGAAGCGCCCACUUUCAGAGAAUAUUUAAAAAUGAAUCCUGGAUGUCCAAGUGAUAUAACCGAGAAGUGCAAUUCAAUGUUUCCAACAACAUUUACACGAAAUCAAUGGUUAAAAUCAAAUUUUACUGUUGCUGCUAUUAUUCGAAUAUCUGGUACAUUAUGGUGGUUUGGGAAAAAUGAUCACUACCAGCCAUUGUUUCGUUUUCAUGUUUUAAAAACAUUCGAUUCAGACAUACACCCUUAUGAUGAAAAUAUGAUAUUAACUUAUUCAUGGCCAUUAAAAUGUAUAUGUAUGGAUGAAAUUAUUGUGGGGAAAAAGUAUCUGAUGCUAACGCAUUCAUUUCAAUCAAGACAAACAUUGCAUAUUACUCCAAAAACGGUAUUUCUAUCACGUGUUAGACGUUAUACAAAAAGAUUAGCUUGUUGGAAAGGUGCUUGUACUCAUCGAUCAAAUCAAAAACGUCGACCACGUGCAGUGCCAUCAUUAUACAAUCGAAUCAUCAAAAAAUCAAUAAACAAUAAUACCUAUUAGGUAAUACCUAUUGUCUAUUCUCAUUAAAAAGAAAUUAGGAAGUCUACACCCUAUCCAUGGCAUGAUUAUUUCUCAACUUUACUCAUGUUUUGUAUUUUGUUUUCCUUUGAUUAGGUUAUCAUUAUCACAUCAAUAAAAAAAAGAACCUGUUUAUUUAUUUCACAAUAAUUUGUGACUAUAUUAAUUAGAGUAAAACUGUAAGAUUUGUUGAAUAAAAAUUUGUCUGUGGU